GGCUCUGCACUGCCAUGGCAACGGCCUCAUAAACCCGCCCCCACGCGCCGCCUCUUGGCCGCCUGCCCGCCGGAGCCUCCCACCUCGGGAUCCCCCCCCUUCCGCCCUAUUUAUAAACAGUUCCCGAGUUAGCAGUGCUGGGAAUGGGUGUGUCCGCUUGGGGGAGGGGAGAAAGCGGGGGUCCAGGUGUGAGUGGUGCAGCACCAAGUGGGAGAGCGGGAUAUUGGGUGGAAUGGGGGGAGGCGCGGGAUGUCCGUGGUUGGAGCCUCAGCUCUGAGGGCCUGGGGGUGACUGCUGGGCGUGGCCGGGCCAGGCUGCAGGGUGUUCGCGUGAAGCACACAGCCCCUUCCCCUCCCCUGCUGCUGCUCCCCCUUUCACUGGGGCCCCGGACCCUCUUCUAGCCUGGUGCUACUCUCCCCUCAUCUGUCCAGCUGGCUCAAAGGAGGCACUCAGGCUGCCCAGGGUGGGGUGUCUCCUGGCGGCAGGGGCGCUGGGCCGCGGGUGGCUUUGGGUCCCUGUGGCAGCUGAGAGCUUCUGGCCUCCAACAGCUGGCCUGGGGCGGUGGUGGAUGCAGGCCACUCAGAGCCCCUACCCUGUGCCCUGUGCACAGUGCUUGGACUCUCAGCCGACUCCCUGUUCCUGGCCCACCCUUGAUCUGGCCUGGCAUGGCAAGUGUUAAAGAGGGUGGCCGCUGUAUGGGUCUGACAUUUGGAGUUGGGGGCUCUGUCCCUUUGCCUGCUUGAUGGACAGCAGCCAGUGGUGCCUACAGUCUGUCCAUGUGCUGCAGCAGCUGCCCCUGCCAUUCCCCUCAGACCUCUGCCCCCUCAAGACCGCAGCCCUUCCCUCAGCCCUUGAGUCCCCCCAAGACCUCAGCUCUCCUCCCUUAGACCUAGAGGGCCCCCUGCCCAGACGGCCCAGCCCCCUCUUCAGGUCCUUGUGAAUCCCUGAGGCUCUGAGACCGCAACCCUGAGUUGGGUCCCCGGCCUGAGGACCCUCCUGCCAGCCUUUUAGAUUCUGGAUCCACCCUCCCCUAAUCUUAGGAACCCUGAAGGAAGUGUUUAGAAACUGAUGUAAUUUCUGACGUGGAGCCUCGGGCCUGGGAGGGGAGGGGGCCUGCCUUGGGGAUGGCCGCUGCUGCGAGGUGCCCCCCACUCUGCUAGGGGCCCUGUUAGCUGAGGGUGGGAGGGGCCGCCUUUGCUGCUGAGUCAGAGGGGGCCGGCCUGGGCGUCCUGAAGGGCGGGCAGGCGGGAGGCUCGCGCAAGCGGUGGGCAGGCCGCAGUGCCGGCAGGAAUCGCACGGAGCCAGAGAGCCAGGCGCCGUGAGCCACAAGCCCGGAGCCCGCGCCCUCGAGCUCAGCGCCACGGCCUGCCUGCCCCUCGGCCCCAGUUGCACCUUGUGCUGAGGGUGUCUCCUGGAUCUCCUCCCUGUGCCCCGCCCGCCGCCCUCGACUCGCCAGCGCCCUCGACUCACCGGCUCCGGCAGCCAUGGUGGCCGGCAUGCUCAUGCCGCUGGACCAGCUGCGGACCAUUUACGAGGUGCUCUUCCGCGAGGGUGUGAUGGUGGCCAAGAAGGACCGGCGGCCCCGCAGCCUGCAUCCCCACGUGCCCGGUGUCACCAACCUGCAGGUUACGCGCGCCAUGGCCUCCCUGCGGGCGCGGGGCCUGGUGCGGGAGACCUUCGCCUGGCGCCACUUUUACUGGUACCUCACCAACGAGGGCAUUGCCCACCUGCGCCAGUACCUGCACCUGCCGCCGGAGAUCGUGCCCGCCUCUUUGCAGCGGGUGCGCCGCCCUGUCGCCAUGGUGAUGCCUGCCCGCCGCACCCCCCACGUGCAGGCCGUGCAGGGUCCCUUGGGCUGCCCGCCCAAGCGGGGGCCACUGCCAGCCGAGGACCCUACCCGUGAGGAGCGGUGGGUCUACCGCCGGAAGGAGCCUGAGGAGGGGGCCCCUGAGCCCCCUGUGGUGCCCGUCACCACCCCAGGGACCCUGGCGAGGCCUGGCCCGGAGCCUGCCCCAGCUGCAGCCUUCGCCUCGCUGCUGCCCCUGCCCUGCUCAGUGGCUGGUGGACAAGCCUUCUCCCCCUUCUUGGGUCAGGGGUGUGCCUCGCCCUCCGGUCAGCUUGCAGAAGGACCAGGUCAACAGCCCAUGGGGCUAGCCGCCCUGCUCGCCAGCGUGGCCUUGGUCAG